UCCGUUUCCCAUUUGCUGACUCAGCUGUUGCUAUGGGCGACUCGGAUGCAGAGCCCGCCCCUGGCGAAGCCAGCCAGCCGCAGGGCUCCCCUCCCCUAGACGUGAUCUCCGAGGGGCUGGGGGAGCUAGGCCUGGUCAUCGACCCCGAGGUGGCCAAGAGAGCCUGCCAGGAAGUGCUGGAGAAGGUCCGGCAGAUCCAUGCCGGCGUCUCAGAAGAGGAGGAUGUGGAGCCGGAGCUGGUCAACGGCGAUGUGGACAACUCUGGCCCCCCGCCCGAAAUCAGCGAGGAGGAAGUAGCGCUGGCCGGACCCCGCAACACUGUGAAGAGCGUGCGCCGCCGGCAGAAGAACAAUUCGGCUAAGCAGUCGUGGCUGCUGCGGCUCUUCGAGUCCAAGCUGUUCGACAUCUCCAUGGCCAUCUCCUACCUGUACAACUCGAAGGAGCCGGGCGUGCAGGCCUACAUCGGCAACCGGCUCUUCAGCUUCCGCCACGACGAGGUGGACUCCUACCUGCCGCAGCUGCUCAACAUGUACAUCCACAUGGACGAAGAUGUGGGCGAUGCCAUCAAACCCUACGUGGUGUACCGCUGCCGGCAGAGCAUCAACUUCUCCCUGCAGUGCGCCUGGCUGCUGGGCGCCUUCUCCUCCGACAUGCACAUCUCCACGCAGCGGCACUCGCGCGGGACAAAGCUGCGCAAGCUCAUUCUGUCCGACGAGCUGAAGCCGACCCAGCGCAGGAGGGAGCCGCUGCCCCCGGCGGGCCCCGGCAUCGAGCACAGCCUCUCCCCCUCCAAGCGCACGCACCAGAGGUCCAAGUCCGACGCCACCGUCAGCACCAGCCUGAGCAGCAACCUGAAGAGGACAGCCAGCAACCCCAAAGUGGAGAAUCAGGACGAGUCUUCUGAUUCCCAGGAGCUGACCUCCAGCACAGACCGUCUUGAUAAUAUUGGCUCCUCACCGGUGCGGCUGGCCCCUCAGAGGGAGUUCAUCCAGUCUCUGAUGGGCAUUGGGAAGCGACUGGCCACGCUGCCCACCAAGGAGCAGAAGACCCAGCGGCUCGUCUCGGAGCUCUCCCUGCUCAACCACAAGCUGCCCGCCCGCGUCUGGCUGCCCACGGCCGGCUUCGACCACCACGUGGUCAGGGUGCCACACACGCAGGCCGUGGUGCUCAACUCCAAGGACAAGGCCCCGUACCUGAUCUAUGUGGAGGUCCUGGAGUGUGAGAACUUCGAGACGUCGAGUGUUCCAGUGCGGAUUCCGGAGACACGGAUUCGCAGCACGCGCUCAGUGGAGAACCUGCCCGACUGCGGCAUCACCCAUGAGCAGAGAGCCAGCAGCUUCACCACCGUGCCCAACUACGACAACGACGACGAGGCCUGGUCUGUGGACGACAUCGGGGAGCUGCAAGUGGAGCUCCCAGAAAUCCACACUAACAGCUGUGACAACAUCUCCCAGUUCUCAGUGGACAGUAUUACCAGUCAGGAGAGCAAGGAGCCGGUCUUCAUUGCAGCUGGGGACAUCAGGCGGCGUCUGUCAGAGCAGCUGGCUCACACCCCCAACACGUUCAAGAGGGACCCUGAGGACCCCUCUGCUGUGGCCCUCAAAGAGCCCUGGCAGGAGAAAGUCAGGUGAGUGGAGGCGGGUAGGCCAGCAGGCUGUGGCUUCUCUACAGCUUGUGAGACAGAGCUUGGGGAUGCCCUGGCUUUCUUAUUUUACAGGAAUCUUAGAGAACUGAACGUACAUUUAAACUGAAAUGCCAUUGUAAGUUACGUCCCCAUUGGAACCUAUUAGCAGCAA